AUGGCGGGUUGUUCAUCGGGGAUUGGAUUAUCACAUUUUGUGAAUUUGCAAAACGAGGUUAUAUUGAGGACGCCUCGGAGUCGGAAUGUGAUGGUUGUUAAAGUUCAAGUCUUGAAUAAUGUAAGAAAUAGUACACCGAUUCUGUAUAAGAAGAUAAAAAGACUGUUUAUGGUCAUGAAAUCUGGUGUAGUAAGGACCCCAGUUUCAAAUGAAAGGGACAGUUCUUCUCUAGGGAAGGAUAUUAGGAUUCUGGAGAUAAACAACGAACCAAAAAGUCAUAAUGGUGGUGGUGGUGGCGGUGGUGGCAAUGGGGGAGGGGGAGGUGGUGGUGGUGGUGGAGAUGACAAUGAGGAAAAUGAAUUUGGGCCUAUUCUGAAGUUUGAGGAGGUGAUUAGAGAAAUUGAAGCUAGAGGGGCUACUCUUCCUGCUGAUAUGUUAGAGGCUGCAAAGAGUGUGGGGAUUCGCAGAUUGCUUCUGCUCAGAUAUUUGGACUUGCAGGGGUCAGUGUGGCCACUGGGAUUUGCAAUGAGGUCAUGUUCUAUGCUUCGGAACCGAAUGUUGGUUGAUCCAUCGUUUCUUUUCAAAAUUGGAACAGAGAUAGUUAUUGAUUCUUGUUGCGCAACAUUCGCUGAAGUACAAAAGAGGGGCAAAGAUUUCUGGGCAGAAUUUGAGUUGUAUGCUGCAGAUCUUUUGGUUGGGGUGGUUGUUAAUGUUGCUUUGGUUGGUAUGCUAGCACCCUAUGCACGAAUUGGUCAAGUGUCUGUAUCUCAAGGUUUCCUUGGACACAUACAGCGCGCUUAUGGGGCUCUGCCUAGCAGUGUAUUUGAAGCUGAGAGGCCCGGAUGUAGAUUUACUGUGAAUCAGAGAAUUGCUACUUACUUUUAUAAGGGCGUACUGUAUGGAUUGGUUGGCUUUGGAUGUGGUAUAAUUGGUCAAGGCAUUGCAAAUUUGAUAAUGACUGCCAAGCGUUUUGUUGAGUUUUCUGCCACUCCUUUGAAAAGAGUAGGACAAGCAGCUGCACCAAGGACAAGCUCACCAAGAAUUAGCAAAACUUCACUGAGUAUAAAGAAAUCAGAAGAGGACAUACCCGUUCCACCUCUGUUGAAGAGUGCAGCACUCUGGGGCGUUUUUCUUGCAGUCUCUUCCAACACCCGUUAUCAGGUUAUAAAUGGUUUGGAGCGCUUGGUAGAAGCAUCUCCAUUGGCAAAGCAAGUACCUCCAGUUGCUUUGGUUUUUACAUUUGGUGUACGAUUUGCCAACAAUAUCUACGGUGGGAUGCAGUUUGUGGACUGGGCAAGGUGGAGCGGCGUGCAAUAA